AUGACCGGAUAUACUUUUGACGAGUAUAUCGCAAAAUUAUUAGUGCUAGAAGCUCAAAAGAAAAACAAGUUACAUGAGAGUGGAGAAUCAAGCUCUCAGACCUCGAAUGUUCAGAAGCUACGGCCCAAUACAAACUUUUUGAACAAUAUGAUGCGCAAUGUUCGAUCUCACAACUCGAACGUGGAAAAUAAAAGUGAAGAUGCUAAAGAAAGAUCCAGAAGAGCAGAAAAAGGAAAGCAACGACGACGUGAGCUUUCACCUUCUCCCAGCGGUAGACUGAAUCGACGAAGCGACAUAUCACCUCCGCCCUCACGAAAGCGAUCCAAGAGUUGUGAGGAUGAAGAGAACCUUCCAUGUUCCCAAGAAAGGAGACAUUAUGCACAUGGGCAGCGUCAUUCUCGUCAUCGCAUUUCGCGUAGACCCGACUAG